GACCGCGGCGUGCGCCAGGAUUCACAAUGACAGCGGUAACGGUGACCACGGAAGUCUUCCCAAAGGGCAAGACAGAAGAGAAUUCGGCCUGGUAUGAUUCCACAUCAGCUCACAUUAUUGAAGAAACAGAAUAUGUGAAAAAGAUUCGGACUACACUGGAAAAGAUUCGGAAUCAAAUGUUUAAAGAGGAAGUAGGAGCUAGCAGUGAGAAUCACACACUGAAUGCAAAGCUCGAGGGCAGCACGGAGAACGGCUCUGCCUCGGACACGGACCUCCCUGGCUGCAGUACGGACGUACUCAGGGAAAAGGUGAAAAGAAAAGAUGUGCAGCUCUUGGAAAUGAACAAAGAGAAUGAAAUGUUAAAAAUCAAGCUGGAAGCUUCCAGAGAAGCAGGCGCAGCAGCCCUGAGGAAUGUAGCCCAGAGGCUGUUUGAAAACUACCAAAGCAAAGUUGAAGAUGCGAGAAGAAAGCACGAGGACGGGCAACACUCGCUGCAGGUUAACAAGCUUGAAAAAGAACAGACGUUAAAGCAACAUGUUGAAAAUGUGAAUCAAAUUGCUGAAAAGUUGGAAGAAAAGCAGAGUCAGAUCACGGAACUGGAGAACCUUGUACAGAGAAUGGAAAAGGAAAAAAGAACACUACUGGAAAGAAAACUGUCCUUGGAAAACAAGCUACUGCAACUCAACUCCGGUGCUGCAUGCACUAAAAGUUGCCAGGAUCUUCAAGUGGAGAUUUCUGUUCUGCAGGAGCAAAUUUCUCACCUGCAAUUUGUGAUUCACUCCCAGCAUCAGAACCUGCGGAGCAUCAUCCAGGAGAUGGAAGGAUUAAAAAAUAAUUUAAAGGAACAAGAUGAAAAAAUUGAAAGUCUCAAAGAAAAAGUCGACAUACUUGAAGCUCAGAAUAAAGAACUAAAAACGAAGGUGGCACUUUGGUCUGAAACUCCUAGAACAAAGGUAUCUAAGGCUGUCUCAACAAGUGAACUGAAAAUGGAAGGAACUGCUCCGUAUCUGAUGUUGAUUAGGCUGCGGAAAUGAACUGGCUGCAUGAAGAUAUGACCGCGAAAGACAAUGUGCGUUUAAUUUUUGCCCUGAAGCUUUCCCUCACUGCCCAUGUUAAUAUGGCAUAAUGUCAGUUUUUAAAUGGAAUUUAUUAUACACCAUGAGUUUGUCAGAAAGGUGGCAUUUCAGAAAGUCAAGCAAGUAUAUA